GGCUUAGGAUUAUGUGGAUGGUUGUUAACUAUCAUGUCAUGGAUCAUCAUCGCUUUCACUUUCCCUGUUUCCUUGUGCACGUGUUUAAAGGUUGUCCAAGAAUAUGAACGUGCUGUCAUAUUUCGCUUAGGUCGUUUACUUCACGGGGGUGCCAAAGGACCGGGAAUAUUUUUUGUCCUACCAUGCAUAGAAAGUUACACAAAAGUUGAUUUAAGGACAGUUUCAUUUGAUGUGCCGCCACAAGAGGUUUUGACGAAAGACAGUGUAACGGUAAGCGUUGAUGCAGUUGUAUAUUACAGAGUUUCCAACGCAACAGUUAGUGUAGCCAAUGUGGAAAACGCUCAUCAUUCUACAAGACUUUUAGCUCAAACAACUUUGAGAAAUGUUCUUGGCACGAAAAACUUAUCAGAAAUUCUGUCUGAAAGAGAAGCUAUUUCAAGCUCAAUGCAAGAAACUCUAGACGAUGCAACAGAACAUUGGGGCAUCAUGGUUGAAAGAGUUGAAAUCAAAGACGUCAGAUUGCCUAUACAACUUCAACGAGCAAUGGCCGCCGAAGCAGAAGCAACAAGAGAAGCAAAAGCAAAAGUAAUCGCAGCGGAAGGUGAGAACCAAGCAGCUCACUCACUGAAGGAGGCAUCUGAUGUUAUCAAUAAAUCUUCCACAGCACUUCAACUCAGAUACCUUCAAACGUUGAACACCAUAUCUGCUGAGAAGAAUUCCACUAUCAUAUUUCCUCUGCCAAUCGAGUUAUUAACACAUUUUAUUCGUAAAUCUCAAUCUAAGCCAUCUGCUAAUGAAAGCAGACAUGACGUUGGAAAUAUAAUUUUGAAAUAA